AUGGAGGCAAGAGGACAGUCGGCUGUUCAAGUUGAAUCUGACCAUCAUUCUUCUUCAACAUCUUUAUGGCCGCCUCGCCAAGCAUACGCCGAAUCUUUGGGAUCAGAUGACGAAGAAAAUGAGGAUAUAUCGCGAACGUGGUGGGUGAAAACUUGGUGGUUUCAACGACUCGUUCAAGUUUGCGCUGUUGUCAGUUUGAUAUCAACCGCAAUGAAUUCACCUGAGACGUUUAAAGCAUCGCAUCAUGGACUGAAUUACCUAACUCUGAUACUUGACAUUGUGGUUGCAGUUGUUUUUACCACUGAAAUGAUAGCACAAGUCAAUAUGUGGGGGCUAUGGAGAAAACAGAAGGCAUACUUCAAGCGACCACAAUGUAUUUUUAAUGCGAGUAUGCUUCUUCUAAUAUUGCUCUCUAUCGUUUUGCAAAUUGUGGAAUUAUCUGGCGGUUUUGUUUAUAAUAAUUCUCCAGAACGCAUACACGAGUACGCUGGUUUCUCUGUUCCUAGAGCUCCAAGAGCUCUCAUUAUAAUACGAUUUUUUAAUGUACUCAUAACUAUAAACAUGCCGAAGUCGGUCGCGCGCCGGUGUAAGCGACAAAUCUGGGCUGUGACAUUGUUUUUGUUAUAUUUCAUGGCGUUCGGAUCGAUAAUUGGUGUUCAGUUAUUCGGGCGCAAAAACUUUUACUGCGUUAAAAGCGGCACUGAUUUAAAUAACGUAACCUACAAUGAUAUCUUGCUGACCGAUCACAGGUGCAAUAACGCAAGUGGCGUCGAAGGAUAUUUUUGCCCUAGCGGAUUUAACUGUGUUCAUGUGGAUUUCAAACAGAUGGGCAAAGCGGCGGAUAAAGAUUAUUUUGGAAACUUUCUGCAUAGUAUUUUAACUGUGUAUGAGAGUUCUACACAAGAAGGCUGGGUGCUUGUGAUGUAUCGAAUGAUGGAUUUUCGAUGGCGUGCCCUGGUCGUUGUUUACUUCGUGUUGCUAAUUUUCUUCGUCGCUUGGUUAGUCAAGAACGUCUUCAUCGCUGUCGUCUCGGAAACCUUCGCUGAUGUUCGGAGCCUGUACAUGUAUGCUCGGAAAUCAUCGAAGCGAACUUCGGCUCGGCUCGCUUCUCAAGUCAUUAAAGACGGUGGAACCGGAUGGCAUCUUGUCUCGGUAGAUCACGAAGCUGCAAAAGGCCAUGCCCCCUUGCUUGUUCGACAAAUUGUUCAUUCGGUUUACUUCAAGUAUACAAUGUGGUUCCUCGUUUUAGUUGACGCUCUUGUACAGGCAAGCUCUCCAUACUCCUGGCGCAGAUACGCCCAGUUUGGCUUCACCAUAGUAUUCGACUUGGAAGUUCUCUUGAAGAUUACUUGCAUGGGAUUUCGACCGUUCCUUGUCAGCCGUAUGCAGCUCACAGAAUUUGUUCUGGCUGUUGGAAGUACUGUGUUUGCUCUGCCGAUCCUGAUCACAGAAAAAGCCGUUUUCUUAGCCGUUUUCAACGUGAUGAGGGUCGUUCGUCUAAUUGGAGCAGUUCCUACGCUCCAAGAAUUCUGUGAGAAAAUUUUCGGAACUGGGAAGAAACUAGGAAGCGCGAUCGUAUUCACUCUUUUGUUUGUGAUGGUUUCCUCAGUUAUAAGCAUGCAAUUUUUUCUGACAUUGGACCGGAAAAACUUUGGUACCUUCAUGCGAGCUGUUCAGUCUAUGUUCCAAAUUAUUACCCAGGAAGGAUGGGUUGAAAUUUUGGACGACUUAGUUCAUCAGGCAGAAAACUGGGGCGCCAAAUUCUUUGUUAUCAUAGUCAUCCUAGCUGUUCAUUUAUUUUCUUCUCUUAUCAUCAUGAGCGUAUUUGUCGCAGUUAUCCUGGACAAUUUAGAACUUGAUGAAGAAGUCAAGAUCAUGAAACAAAAGAAGAUGGGCGGUGACUCGAGAGAUUACACCGAAGCUCUGCCGAGACGCCUUCGUGUCUUCGAGCGUUUCCGUGACGACCCGCGAUUGGUGAAAAUGAGUCGGAUUAAAAUGGCUUCGGAUUUCGCCACUCCGAAGAUUCGUGAUAGUUUCAUGAAAAAGUUUAUUGACUGUACAAAUUUGGACUUUCCCAUGAGCGACGACCCAAGACUUCACAUUGGAGAUGAUUCACAGCUAAGAAGGCGGCGGACUGCAAUUCCAGUUAAACUGUUGAACUCAACAAUCUCCGAAGUGGAUAAGCUUUCAAAGUUUGUCAGAAAACAGUCCAGUAUCACAGCUCUCAUCAAUGACUCAAAUCGCCAGAGAUCCCAUGCGCUGCUGUCGCCAACCGAAAUUUCUUCGCGAGGUGCCAUCCCGGGCGGAAACAAGCAGGUAACUGCAGCGACUAAUAAAGGUUUCCGAUCAGCCUCGAGGCGUUUCCGAAAUCGCCAACCGCAGUCUCCGAGGCCAGCCCCCCAGGGCGGAGUGAAGCAGGUGAUGAGAAUGGCGAGUCAGGCGACCGGGCUUCACUCACAGAUAAAUCAAGACGACAACAGUAACAUUGGCAGAGAUUUUGAUAUUCAGUGGGUUCGGGUCAAAAGAGAAGAAGCUCAAAGAAAGAGAGAAGCUCAAGAAGAGAAAUUACGCGAAAACCAUCCAUACUUUGACCAGCCGCUUUUCUCUCUGCAGCGUGAAUCAUGGCUGAGACAGUUUCUCCAAAACAUAGUGAGCGCACGUUACACAAUUCCACCCGGGCACAGAGAACGCGCGUCACGCAAUCAUAUCUUUACGUUGGAACGUCUCUACAAAUGUUUAGCUUCACAGACGUACUUAGAAUGGUUCAUGAUUUUUGUCACAGUGAUGUCCUGCGUGGCUAUGAUGUUUGAGACGCCAACCAAACGAACCUUCGGCAGAUUUUGGACGGAAGUGAUCGAAUACAUUUUCGUUGUUGCAAUGAGCUUAGAGCUUGGCAUGCGUAUUCUUGCCAACGGUUUAUUUUUUACCCCCAAAGCUGUCAUCCAAAACUUUGGUGGCUUGCUCGACGUAUUUAUCUACUUUGUUGCCCUUGCUUACGUUGCCUGGCAACCACACUCCAUACCCGCCCGUUCGGGGGCUCAAGUGUUGAUGGUAUUAAGGUGCCUUCGACCCUUGAGGAUCGUCACUUUGGUCCCAAAGAUGCAAAAAGUGAUCCUAGAACUUGUUGGUGGCUAUAAAGAAAUCCUCAAAGUAAGCGCUGUACAGUUCAUGGUCAUGUUUAUUUUUGCUAGCUAUGGAGUCCAAGUGUUUUCUGGCAAGUUUGGAAGCUGUAAUGAUCAAAGAAUCAAGGAAAAAUCUGAGUGCAAAGGGACUUUUGUGAUCGACAUAGCACCUCCCCGUGAGUUGCGUGACUUGCAAGGCAGUUCAAGGAUUACCGUCCCGCGUGUGUGGAAGAACCCAAGAAAUUUCGACUUUGACGACGUGCUGCACGCAUUUUUAGCUCUGUUUGAGGUUCUCUCGUUGGAAGGGUGGCUGGAAGUUCGGAAUGUGAUCAAAGCAGUCGUGGCACCGGAAUACAGUAUCUAUGUUCACAUCUACGUCCUCUUAGGUAGCAUGAUCGGCUUGACUCUCUUCGUGGGCGUGAUUGUCAUGAAUUUCAAUGCGAACAAAGGCAUUGCGUUACUUACUGUGGAUCAGCGACGCUGGCAAGAUCUCAAGAAACGUCUUCGACUUGCUCAGCCUCUGCAUCUCGCGCGCAGACCAGACAGCGAAGGAAUCCGUUCUUUUCUCUUCGACACAACGCAGUCAAAGAUUUACAAACGCGUCAUCAUUUUCCUGGUCGUUGUUGAUUGCGUUACACUUACGAUCGUACAGUGGACGUCUGAGGAUAACCUGAGAUUGCGUGACGGACUCACAAGCACGGCUGCUGCGUGCUCGCUGUUGUUUGUUGUCGAUAUGCUCUUAAAAAUUGUCGCGUUCACUUUCCCAGGAUAUUGGCAGAGCCGGCGGAACCGGUUUGACAUGUUUCUAACCAGUCUUGGAGUACUCUGGGUGACUUUAAAUUUUGCUUUAAAAGGAAGCGGGGAUCCAUACACAGGGACAACAGUGUUUGGAAUGGUUAUUAUCCUUUUCCGUUUCUUAACUCUCUCCGGUAGACAUGACACUCUAAAGAUGCUGAUGUUAACGGUGGUCAUGUCUCUAGUGAAGAGUUUCUUCAUCAUAGCGGUACUUAUAGUAAUAAUGAUUAGUUAUUCUUUAGCUGGCGUGAUCUUGUUCGGUACUGUGAAGUACGGCGAAGCGUUAAAUCGUCACGCGAACUUCAAGACAAGCUUCAAUGCUAUGAUCCUGCUAUUCCGUAUUACAACCGGGGAGGACUGGAACAAGAUUAUGCACGAUUGCAUGCUGUCUGAACCGUACUGCACGGAAAACGAGUCCACGCCCAAUUUCUGGGAAACUGACUGCGGGAAUAGCGCGGCAGCGCGGAUAUAUUUCAUGACGUUUUAUGUCAUCGUAACGUUUGUUUUCUUAAACCUUUUUAUCGCCGUAAUCAUCGAGAACUUCUCCCUAUUUUAUUCCAGCGAUGAAGAUUCGCUGAUUAGCAACAAUGACUUAAGAGACUUUCAGCUUACUUGGAACUUAGUAGACAAGUAUCGAAAAGGAGUUUUGACAGUGAGACAAGCGAAACUUGUUCUGCGCUUACUUAAAGGUCGCUUAGAAGUGGACAGUGGUUCGUUGUUAUUCAAGCACAUGUGCUACGAAAUUGAAAAGCUCCGAAACGGAGGCGAAGUAUCUUUUCAUGAUGUGAUUGGCGUGUUGGCUUACCGCUCUGUCGACAUCACCCGAAGUUUGCAGUUGGAAGAAUUGCUGGAGCGCGAAGAACUGGAAUAUCAAAUUGAAGAGGAAGUAGCGAUUCAAACCAUUCGUGAUUGGUUUAUUAAUCUGCGUCGAAAGCGUGCCGAGCGGGAUUGGAUACGACAUUUGGAGCAAGGCGGUAUCCCAUUGGCUGGCGGAAUCCAGUUUUCCGACAACAAAAGUCCGGGCGCUUCGAGCGUGGAAAGCAUGGAAAAUUCCGCCAAUGAGGAGCAAGAUCGUGACACUGAAGCCGAGCGUGAAAAUCGUGAACACGACAGCAGUGAAGAUGAUCGUGACGAUUUUUCAUUAACUUCUCCUUCGAAGGUACCGUCCAUCUUGCUUUCUGCUCCGUCAAAGCGCACGAAAUCGGAACGCAAAAUUUCUCCUGCUCAGAAAAGUUCUGUUACGUUUCCGGACGAGCUAUCGAUGUCAGCGAAACGACGAAGUUUACCAGACGCUGUGGCUGCACCUCGCGCGCGGAAGAAAAGCAUCCCUGAAAUGAAGGAGUUUGCGGGAGACGUGCGUGAUUGGUGGACAAGUCAGCUGGGUGACUCUGAAGGAGUUUAACGCUUUCUCUUGCAAGAAUGGCUGAAGUCAAAAUUGAAGAAAAAUCGGAAUAUUCUGCCAGUGGAACCGGAAAACAAUUGGUACCAUGUAAAAGCACUCCAAAAUAGGUUUUAAAAAUUUGAAUUGUCACACUCUAGUAUUUCAUCCGCGGGUAUCAGGUCGUUUCGCCCGAAGGUCGGUUCGCCCGAUAACAGUUCGCCCAGACUAAGUCGAUUUGCUCGAAGCGUAUUUGUCGUUCUUCAAGCCUGAAGAAAGGGAAUAAGCACGGAAAGACAGUGAAUGAACAUUUGAAAUUCAAGGGUAACUAAAAUAACAUCUCGAAAGGUAUUUUCGUCUUCUUGUAGAAUGUUGUAUGUCAUCGGGGAGUCGACUAAUGUAUUGCCGAACGCCGUCGGGCGAAACGAUCGCAAUUCCAUCCGCAGACUCAAGAGUUAGAACCACCUCGUGCAGCACAAUGGAGAGAGCUUAAGCAACCACGACAGCGACGGUGGCGAAAGCGCCACUUGAAAAUUGCAUUUGCGCGGUUUCAAACGUUAUCGCUUUCUUUCUUUCAAUUUGUCAAAUGUUGGUGAAUUUUUGUGGAGUUAAAUUCUAAAGGUCAGUAUCUAAAGGUGUGGCAAACGAAAGAUUUGUUUUAUUGUUUUCACGUGCUCCAUAACACGAGAAAUUAGGGAAUUUCACGUCGUAGAUUUGCAACGACGGUGAAAGUAUAUCAAAAAGCGUGAUGCAAGUGUGCUUAACCUAUUGCGGGCCUUUUUGCCAUUUUCGUUGCCGUCGCCGUCGCCGUCGCCGUUGCGUAACCUUCGUAAUCAAUAUUACCACAGGAAAGUACUGCUCAGUAACUUUCUUUUUAACGGUCACACCAUAGAAUAUCUUCCACGGAGUUAUGCAUGAUUCUAGCCUUCCGAUGAAUCUCCUCAAAUUUCCUUUCAUUUUAUUUUUAUUUUAUUUUUUUUACAACGUAAGCGGCAAUAUUCGUCACAAUUGUUGUACAGCAUGGUGCAUUGCCUUCUCAUUAGGGAGUGGGAGUUUAACCCUUUAAGCCCUUAAAGUGAUCAGCAUCAAAUUUCUCCUUGUGAUAGCAAUUCUUUGUAAAACAGAGUGGUAAUGAGAAUUAAGGACAUGAUCACACAAGAUGUAUUUGCUUCAUAUUUUAUCAACUUCUCCGCACUUCUUCUAUAGUAAUAAGAAUAGGGGCGAUAAAGGAGAAUUUUAAUUUUGAUCUUAAGGUUUUAAGGGUUAAGCAACAACGUUUUUGAGUGAUGCACGUAAACCGGAAGUGGACUUUUUGAACUCUUCGGCCGUGGUUUUGGUCAAAUUCUCGGGCAAAUCGCCUGUAUAAGAGUAAAGACACUUAGCUAUGCAAAUGUGGUGGUCUCAAGGCAUAGUAAAAGAGAAAAAGGCACAGUUCCGGUUGACGCGCUUCACUCAAAAAUGUCGCUGCUUAAACUUCCUAGUGUUGGGGAAGGAGAGGAUACAGGAAGUCAAGAGGUCUUCUCUGUUGUUUCAGCAGAAUUUGACGAGUAUUGUAGGCGUUGCUCAUGUUUUACCUCUUGCACCAACCCUUGGAACAGAAUAUUCAAAUUCCCCUCUUUUAAAACUCUAGGAAGAAUGGGUACAAGCUUUGUGAUGUCUGGGAUCGUUAAUUGGACAAGCUUUGGUCAAUGGUAUUCAAGGCAACCAUUAACCAAUCAUAAGUAAGGCUUGUCCAUCAAAACGAUCCCAGAAUUCGUUGCGCUGAAAGCUUGUAGCUAUUCUCCUUAUAGUUUCUAGAGUGGGAAAUUUUGGGGCCGUUUGCUUUUACCUUGCGUCGCACCUGUUAACGGAUUGUAACGCGCACGGCGGGAGAAGGGGGGGGGGGGCAUCAUAUCCAGUGUUCCACAAGGGCGAUCAAGAGGUUCAACAUAGAUGAAGGAGGAGACAGGUUUACAUUAUUUGGCGCAAAAAAAAACCUGUCCCUUUGCGCUUGUGCUUAUCGUACAGGCCCCGGUUGUUCAAACGUUGGAUAGCGCUAUCCACCGGAUAAAUAACUAUUUCUGAAAUCAAUUACGCUAUCCGCUGGAUAGUGAUUUAUCCGGUGGAUAGCGCUAUCCAACGUUUGAACAACCGGGGCCAGAUGUUUUGCAACCUACAUGUGUAACAAAGUUUUAAUAUUAUUUUAAGAGUUUUCAGAACAAUUUUAUGAUUAAUGCUGUAGUUACUGUUGUUGUAUCAUAUAAGAAAGUGUAAUAUAUUGGUGUAGAUACCUUCAAAGAGAAAUGCCCUUAUGUGUGUGUGCUUUAUUAUAUCCUCAGAGUCCCAGUAUAGACUGGAAGGAAGACCUGAGGUAUUAUUGACUCAUGAGGCGGGAGGGGGUUGGGUACGUGUCUUUAUGCGCAUCCCUUUUUCUCGUGGUGCAAUUCUACCCAAUUUCAAGCGGAGCCCCUCAAAAUUAAUCCUGAAAUAUCAGGCCCGAUUUGAGCACCUCCAUGGGCUUCUGGCUGCUCAAAUACAUUCUCUCUUAUGGGAUUAGGCUAAAUGUUUGUUUCACCUUGCCCACCGGAACCCUAUUUACCAAGCAAAAGCCUGAAGUCAGAUUAUCAGAUUACCUCAAAAUGGCCAAUAGGCUCUGACUGUGGGCCUAAGUAGUGUGUCAGUUAAUUAAUCCCCCUCGCUCCCUAUUCAGAAGUUAUGACUGGUCUCUCAGUGAGCCAGCUAGGGUUUGGAUAUCGUUCUGAUUCAUCAUGGCGUUUUCUUUCACUUAUAUCACAGUUACGGUCUGUCACUGCGACAGCGGGGUUAUUAGCUCCUGCGCCCUAACCUGCGAGCGAGCUCUCCUAUUUGGGCGAGCAAAGCAAGCCUCGCGAGAACGCCGCUCGCUCGCUCGCGCGCUCUCGCGAGACUCGCUUCCCUCGCCCAAAUAGGAGAGCUUGCUAGCAGGCUACCUGCGCUCCUGGCGACGAUCAUUUGCUCCUCAAAACAGUGAAUAAAAUUAAAAAUUUCACUCGUUAUUUCCUUAUCGAAGCAGUGCAACGUUAGUAGAAAUUCCACGCCCCCGCGCGUGCAGAGAAGGGACGUUAUGUAAUACAAAAGAGAGUGUCCAACCUGUAGACUGGAAACGAGUUUACUCACUCGUAGCUGAUCGAAGAAGGCAAGAGAGUUUCCACACAGAAAAAAGAGCGUUUUCUGUCGUAAGAAGGUGAGAAAUUAUGAUUUUUAACAUGAGAUGAUUUGAAAGCUCUGACAGUUCUCUCGUUGAAGGUUUGAUGCACUUUAGUGGGUGAUUGUAAAAGUGUGACAUAACGUUUUGCUCCUUGUCGCUUGAUAUGAUGAAAUAAGUCAUGUCUGGUAUUGACCUUAGAAGGAUAGAUUAAAUUUACUAGUUUAAAAACUUUUGUUCAACAUUAGAACGCAGAUCUAAAGCUGGAAUCCUUAAAUAUACAAACCUCUUUCCAUGUAGGAAAUAAAACUUAAAUCUUUGCUUAUUUAAAUCAUAAGUUUAACCAUGAUUUUUUUCUGAAGCAUGUUUUCCCUUGCUGGCAAUUUUAAUAGAUUAUUGUUAGUAGCAGUUUAUAAGCUAGGAAAAUGUGCUUAGCUGAGGUGUUUCAUAGCUAGUACAGUGUCGAAAACACUGGAAGUCAUGGCUGUUGUUAUGUACAUUUGUAUGCGUCAUGCCAGUCAGAAAGUGGGCUAAUACUUAUACGCCAUAUUUUUCAAAGGAACCCUUUUAACUAGACUUUCUAAAAUCCUGUAUUUUUCUCCUGGUUUGUUAUACCAUUUUAAAGGACUUUUCGUACCUGCUUGGUGCAGAUUCACCAGUGGGAAAUGUCCCCCGGUGAGAUCACAACAAUUGACCAAUAGAAGAGCAAGGGAUUUUAGCAUGAUGUAACCUUCUCAUAUUUGACACCACUCCUGACACAGCAUAAUCAUGUCAAAGAUUUUUUUCCUGCACAACCUAACUGAAGCUUGCUUUGCUCACUUUUCCUCCUUGCCAAAGCCCGCUUCUCGCACAUUUAAGAACUUACAAGUGGCCGACUAUAGAGCCUGCAUUUUAAGUGGGCUUAUACGUGGAGUGACUUGCCGUAAUAAUAUUACUCGAAUCAUCACUCUGCUUUAUGAAAGCACCCCUCCCUUUGAAUAAAUGCCCCCUCCUUAAGUUAAAAAUAUGGAGUAUGUUCUAAUUUCAAAUAGUACCUCCACCAUACCCCUCCUUGCUGAAUUAAAGCAUACAGUACGUGUAUCCACAAAGGAAUAACAUUACAUAUACAAUCGCCUGAGAGUGACCAUUUGAGAACAUCACAAUGUAGAAUGGGAUCAAAAGCAUCAUUUUCAUUAUUUGUGUUUCACAACUUGUUUUAAAACUUUCUCAUAUUCUCAGUAGAUAAGAAUAUUAGUUUUCUUCUCUUUAUAGAUAUGGGUGGGAGCUCAUCCACUCCAGUACCUGAUGGUAGCGCAGGAGCAGCCGUCAUCACCCAAGCUCCACCAAGUGGCUGUCCAGUUCAACACACAUCACUUGCUUCAGAGAAAUCACAGCCAUCAAUCAGUGAGUGCCCUGCUCAUCAAGACAGCAGGAUGAGGCCUCAAGCCAGCGAGUGUCCUAUGAGUGCCGGAAGUGGCUGUGAUAGCAGAACCAUUGAUCAAGGAACAGAUGCCUUGGAUCCAACAAACAUGGUAACAGACUACAUUCAAUUAUUUUAUUAAUAAGAGUUUUCACAUUAUCAUGAUGGAGAUCAAUGUAGUCAACAUUUCUACUGCUUCUAGAAUUUUGUAGAUGAGGUUGAGUGAUUAACAAAGGGCCAAGUUAUAUUUCAAGGUUUUUUCGUAACAUUUUACUGUUACCGGGGCAAGGAAUAUCAUUUGUUGUACCAAGGACCUUGUUAUAUAGAGGUUUAUUAAAUCAAGGUUCCACUGCACUCACCUUCUUCUGUCCUACAAUAAUAAUAUUACUUAGUAAAAUCCAACUAGUGGUCUAUUAUCAAUUCUUUUUUCCGAUUGGUUGAGUUACUAUUAGGCUAUAUGUUAUAGUCCACUAGUAGCAAAAAGCGCAGGCUUUGAAAACCAAAACAAUGGUGGCUGAAUCGCUCAAGGAAUAACUGUUAAAUAAUUGGCCAUGAUGGGUGUGCUUCAAUGCUCUCUCUUCCUGCAAGAUGUAGAAGUCAAUCCUUCAACACUUCUAACCCCAGUAUCAGUUUUUUUGUUGAUAGCUUUGAUCUACUUACUCAGCAGCCUGCAAAUACUGAUAUAUUUCUGUCUCUGCGAGAAGCGAUGGUCAGAAAUAUGUCUUGAUCAGCUGUAAGCCACAAGCACUUCCUUGAGUACCCUUUUUAUUUAAUAUUUAUUUUAUUUUUAUUGUUUUAUUAAACAUCACAUUACAAAGUGUUCACUUAGCUUGGACUGUGUUAUUUUAUCGUAGUAUCACUUUAAAUUAAGUGAAUAAUAAUUACGGUAUUUAUUUAAUUAACCACCCUGGGGCCUGUUUCUCGAAAGUCCCGAUAAUUAACGGGCCCGGUAAGCUGUCUCCGUUUACAUUAAAGAUCGACGUUUCAAUAGUUUUUUAUCUGACACGAUAAAACUGUCAGUUAAUGAAACAAAAUGGAGUAGUUUGCUAGCCAGGACCCGCGCUCUUAUUCUUUAUAUUGCGAUUUGAAUAUUUGAUUUCGGGCCCGUAAAGUUACCGGGACUUUCGAGAAACGGGCCCCUGGGCACUUAUUAAAUUUUUGGACCUUGAGAUUGGGUGCUUAUUCGAGGCUGGGCACUUAUUAUCAGCAAGUGUAGUAAUAUUUAUUUUGCAACAAGUCAAUAAAUGAUAAUACCAAAGAUGUAACAAAGCAAGGUUUCUGUAAAAUACUCUGAAGAAAACUCUCUUCAGCAAAGUCUCUUAUUAGUCUCUCAUUUUUGUAGAGUGGGAGGGGAAAGGGGGGUGGGUUUUGGUUGUGGGUGCUUAUUUAAGGCUGGGCGCUUAUUAACUUUUUCUAUGUUUAGGAAGGGAGCUUAUUCCAGGUAGGCACUGAUUCAAGAUUGGGCGCUUAUUCGAAUAAAUACGGUAUUUAUGUUUACCUUCCAGAUGCCACGGCCAAACCAAAGGCCAUCUCCCGGUCAGCCAUUUGCUCUGCCGAUUAAUCGCCAGGUGUCAACUAUUCCCAGAGGGGGGACUGACAAAAGUGAAAACUGGGUAUACCCAUCUCAGCAGAUGUUUUGGAAUGCAAUGCUGCGUAAAGGCUGGAAAUGGCAGGAUGACGAGGUUCAACCCCAUGACAUGGAAAAUAUCAUCAAAAUUCAUAACGCUAACAAUGAGAGUGCAUGGCAGGAGAUACUGAAGUGGGAGGCACUGCAUUACAAGUAAGGCAAUAGCAAACAUAUAAGGUACAGCUAGGUUUAGAACCCCCAGGGAUUGGAGGGAGGGUACCAGCUGCCACAUCUGGGCUACUGAUAUACAGUUAGAACUGCUGUGAAAUGUAUAGUUUUCAAGAACUUUAGUCUGGGAAAGGGUAUAGAAAUCAGAGAAUUUGAGUCUUCUAGAGUAAGGUAUAAUUGUCACUAUAAAGUUUAAUUGCAAAGAAAGCGUUGGGAAUGCAAGGGACAGGGGGCAGGGAAUUUGGACCCCCUUCCCCCCACUAGUAAUACUGCCAGUAGUGUCAUUAUUUUCAUCGGUGAUGUUUUUUUUUUUUCAGGGAAUGUAGUUCACCAAAACUUCUAAGUUUUCGAGGGAAAGCAAAGGAGUUUUCUCCCAGAGCAAGAAUUAGAAGUUGGAUGGGGUAAGAGCUUUUUAAAAUCAUUUGAAUACAUUCUUGGGGUUUUCACUGCUUUACAAACUGUGUAGAAAUCCUUUAAAUCCUACAUGUACCAUUGUCCAUAUUUUCCAGACUGUUUUCAAUACAUUUCCUAUGGUGCUAAUAAGGAGAAUUUGUUUAACCCAAUCACCCCCUAAAAUUUUGCCGAAAAACACGUUUUGAAGCUGGUCGAGCGGUUUUUCGUCACUGUCGUGCUAUAACCAGCUAAAACUUACCAUAAAGCCAUUUACAGGUCGCGCACUUUGCGGCCUUCUGAUGCAGAUGCAAAAUAUUCGCUUUCGCUUUUCUUUUCUCAUUUUUUUUCUUUUGCUGGGCAUUUAGUAGGCUUCAUUUUGGUGGGAAAAGUUUUUAGGAAAGCUUUUACGAUCUUGGGAUUAGAUGAAAGGAAAGGUAGGUGGGUAGUGCAACAAGAUUUUCCUGGAAAUUUUCAGGUCAAUGUUACAUGGUUUUUUGACUUUUUCUUUGGUGUCCUUGACUGAAUUGUGCUCAUUCUGGUAUGCUUUGAAAGAUCUCUUCACUCUGCACAAGUUAGCGGACAAAGUUGUCCUGGACCAUUAAAACUGAUAACGUCACAAGCGGUAGAAGGGACGUGGAUCCGCAAGGGCGGUUACGGGCGGCUCAGAGGCGAAUUGGUUAACAGGGCAUUUUUACGUGGUGAUCAAUCGCUCAACUCCCAUGACAUUAAUGUGUGGUUUCUAAGGAGAAAUUAAAUGCUGGUCAUUCUAAGAGGGUCUCUUUCCCAAUCCCCAGGUACGAGUUACCAUUUGAUCGUCACGAUUGGAUCGUCGAUCGCUGUGGCCAAGAAGUCCGAUACAUUAUCGAUUACUAUGACAUUGGGGACGAAGAAGCAUACAAGAGAGGCGAGUUUGUUUUCCUUGAUGUCCGACCAGCCAUGGAUUCAUUUCAAGCAGUUUUAGAUAGAGCGAGAGUUGCUGUACUUCGUUGGUCGCUUUAUUUCAGCAAGAACGACGAUUAAAUAGCAUGAAAAAAGUUAUGAACUUACAAAAAUGGCCAUUUAGUCUAUUUACGUGGAGUGACAACGGUUUUUAAGAACUUUGUCCAAAAAAAGUCAAAAAUUCAUGGAACACAUCUGCGUGGCCUGUUUUGAUUUUUGAGAGUACUCCAGGAGUUUCGAGUCACAAUAAAGCAACGUGAUUCCAGCAAAAGUGGAGGAAGAGUGGUUUUGUAACGAGUACAAAACUCGCCGCGAUCACCCAAGAACAUUUCGACGACAA